AUGAAUAAAAAGAGUAAAACUCCUUAACAAUCAUCUUAACCCUAAAAUCAACAAAUAAACCAACCUUCUCCUUUGAUGCAGCCAAUGUCUUUGCAAUCAGGACCGUCUCCAUCUUAACCGGAUACUUCAGUAUUAGAUGAAUCGGGUGGAGAGAGUGUAAAAGUUGCAUUGCGAAUUAGACCAAUGAACUAAUUAGAGCAAGGAAGAGGGGAUGAAUAAUGCAUCAAAGCGAUAUCAGAUUCAAAUUGUUAACUUUAUUAUAAGUAAUUCGCGAUCUUAAUUAGCAAAGAGGAGUAGCAAAGCAAUUUAGAUUCAAUGCUGUUUUGGAUGAAAGGUGCACUUAAUAAGAAGUGUUUUUGAAAUGCAAUAUUUAGGAAUUGCUAGAUGCUGCCCUGGAUGGAUAUUCAGCCACAAUAUUUGCAUAUGGUUAAACUGGAUCAGGUAAAACUUAUACGUAAAUAUUCAAUUUUAAUAUUCAAGCAUUUCUGGAGUCGAAGAACGUUUGGCUAGAGAAAAGUAUAUCUCUGAUGAGUCUGAAGGCAUCAUUCCAAGAGCUACUAGAUAUUUAUGGUAGAUUAUGGCACAAAGAGCAGAGCAAUUCUAUGUGAAAGCCUCGUUUACAGAAAUAUACAACGAAUAAUUGAGAGAUCUGCUAAAUCCUGCUUCUGGAAUCUUGCAUUGCAGAUGGAAUCUAUAAAACGGAUUCUUUGUUGAAGAUUUGAUGAUUGUUGAAUGCACUUCAUUUUCGGAUAUCCAAGCAGUAUUGCAUGAAGGAAUGAGAAAUAGAAAGUAAGGAUCUCAUGAAUUAAACAAAGAUUCAAGCAGGUCACACUCAAUAUUAACAGCAUAUUUAAUUGGAGAAUAGAAUAUAGAUGGAUAAAUCGUUAAAGUAUAGAAUCAUUUAAUUUUCAUUAUAGAGAUACGGAAAGUUUUCAUUUGUUGAUUUAGCUGGUUCAGAGAGAUUGAAGGAAUCCAAAUCUUAAGGGGAUAUGAUAAAAGAAACUGGGAACAUUAACAAGUCACUAUUCACUUUGGGUAAGGUCAUCAAGUCGUUGAGUGAUAAAAAAAACAAACUCCCUUAUAUCCCCUACAGAGAUAGUAAAUUAACAAUGCUUUUGAUGGAUUCAUUGGGGUAAUAUUGUCAUUCAAUGUUAUUAGGGGAACUGCUAAGGCUUUGAUGAUUGCUUGUGUAUCUCCUUCUGCUGCUUAUUAUGAAGAAACAUUGAGUACUAUAAAUUAUGCCACUUCAACUAUGAACAUCCAAAACAAACCAGUAAUCUCGAUGGGCGAGAAGGAUUAAAUUAUAUACAACCUAACCAGGGAGCGAGAUCUAUUGAAGAUGGAAAACCAGUACCUACGAGAACAAUUAUAAAGGUAAGGAUGAUCGUUAUCUAGGUAUACUAAUGGGUUGCCUAUAGAGAUUCCUAAUUUUAACGAUAAGAAUGGAUAAAAGAAAUAACUUCCGCCUUUGCCAUCCAGACCUAUUAGUCAUAAUUAAGUUCUCAAUAGUUAACAGAAUGGAUUUGAUCAAUAGGUUAAUUCUAAUAAUAGUAAGAUUGACUUGCCAGUCAACAAGAUUUUACAUGAGUAUUAGAUGGAAAUCAAUAAACUAAAAUAAGAAAAUGAUGAAUUGAGAAAUGCUCGUGAUGUUUCUGUCAAGAAUUAUCACAUUGUUAUGAAUGAAAAUAAUGCUUUGUAACUGAAAUUAGAGAAUUUAGAAUAGAUCUUUAUUGGGAAUCCAAUUACAAAAGGGGAUCAGGAUAAGUCAAAGAUUCAAGAGGAAUAUAUGUCAAGUGCCUUAUUGAUCGAAAAUAGUGAUUUAAAAAAAAAAGUGGCAUCGUUAGAAGAGAAGAAUAUGGAGUUAGCUUAAGUAUGAAAAUUGAUUUUAUGUUAUAGAUCGCCAGAAAAAAUCUGAAUGGAAAGAGUAGCGACCCGAAUGAUUUACAUGAAAUAGUUUAAUUGAAACAAACAAAUAAUUAGUUAUAAUAACGCGUAGAAUUUUUAUAAGCAAGGGAAAGGGAUUUACUUGAACAGAUUAUGAGAUUGUAAAGACAACCAAAGGCUUAUGCUGGAUUUUGA